UUUCAGCGCUCUUUUUUUAUUUGUGACGAAUGUUGCUAACCGAAAUGCAAGCGACAGUUGAUGACGUUGUUCAGCGACACGUCAACCAUACGGAAGCAGGUCCACAUCCAGGCAGUCUGGCGUUUCACUGGUGAAAUUAGGGAGCAAAAUGGGCGGUUUCUUCUCUAGUCUCUUUUCUGGCCUGUUUGGCACCAGGGAGAUGAGGAUUUUGAUCCUGGGUUUGGACGGUGCAGGAAAAACUACUAUUCUGUACAGGCUGCAGGUUGGAGAGGUGGUGACCACAAUCCCCACAAUCGGCUUCAAUGUUGAGACAGUCACAUACAAGAACCUGAAGUUCCAGGUGUGGGAUCUGGGAGGACAGACGAGUAUCAGGCCCUACUGGCGGUGUUAUUACUCUAACACAGAUGCGGUCAUCUACGUCGUCGACAGCAGUGACCGUGACAGGAUGGGCAUCUCAAAGUCUGAACUGGUUGCUAUGUUGGAGGAGGAGGAGCUGAAGAAGGCGAUCCUUGUCGUGUUUGCGAACAAACAGGACAUGGACCAGGCCAUGACACCGACCGAGGUGGCUAACGCCCUCGGCCUCCCUGCCCUCAAAGACAGAAAAUGGCAGAUCUUUAAGACUUCAGCCACCAAGGGCACAGGCCUGGACGAGGCUAUGGAAUGGUUGGUGGAUUCCCUGAAGAGUCGGCAGUAAAAGGCUGGCACCUAUUCUGUACAUACCCCCGACCUUUUGACCCUUCUGUAUGAAGCCUUGUGAUGGACCGCUCCCCCUGUCCCCUUUUCUUUCGGACAAGUGAUUCCACUCCUACCCUCCCCUGUCAUCUUUCCUAAAUUACAACCAUCUGAAGCCUUUGGCCGAGUCCUCCCCAUGCCGAACGCCUUUGAAGCCUGGGACUGAAAAGCAGAGGCUGCAGUAACAUGUGGACUGGACACAAACACGUGAAGGUUUUGCUGAACUGUAAGACUGCAGUGAUGGAUGGGCAACAGUUUAAAUGUGGUGUCAACAUUUUCUUGUAUUUUGGAAACACAAAGUGACAGUUGAUACCUGUAACAUACAGAAAUAAAUGUUGCUAACUUUAUUAAUCCAUUUUUUUGAAGUCAUCCUGAAUUUAAAAGAUUCAGUCAGCUUCAGCUUUUUAAUCUUGAAGGAUGCUUUGCAACCAGAGAGCAGUUACCAUUUGAUGGGCACUACAGUGAAGAUCCACCAGGAGGCAGCGUUUGGCCAUAACAGUGCUGGUGAAUGUCCACCUCAGUACACAACGUUUAUAUUACACUGAACUGGCUUACAACAUUGAUUUUCCAUUCACUGUUGUCUGAUUCACUUCAUUAAAUUGCAGAAAAAUAAUUUUGACCCAGAAUGCUGAAGGAAAAAAGACGUUUCUGUGCAUCAGCUGUCCUCUAGCCAAGUGUUACUGCAGCCUGACCAUUUUUUGUACUAUAUAGCAGGCAGAUGGAAUGUCACUGAUUUCUAUUUUUUCCUUCUGUUGAUUUGUGUUUUAAAUAAUUUAGUGGUUAAAACUUUUUUUUUCCAUUUAAAAUCCUUGGGUGCAGCUUUGGCAUGUCUUUCAGCUACUGAACACUAACUGUAUGCUCGAAGUUUUAUGGUUGCAUAUUUAUAUCUGCUUGUACAGUGAAACUAAUUCUCAGUAAAGAUUGCUAUCAAGGA